AACCAAUAGCAGCUGGAUCCAUGCAUCGGAUUGCCCUUCGAGUCACCUUUGACAUCCUCUGAUGUCGCUGAUACCACAUCUUAUACUCUGAACGUCCCUGCGAUCGAUCUAGACCGACAUCAUGUCCCAUGGCAACAUCGCACGGCCUUCUUCGAUGACUUCAUCUGACAACAUGCAGUCCUUCGAAGUUUUCUUUUUCUCAAUCUUUGCUUCCAGGGAAGAGGCCGCGCACCCUGACUCGGAAUGUCAAUAUCAAAGGUGGCGUUGUUCUUGUUUGCAACCAUCACCGGCCAUGCCAUAGCCGAGUCGGUGACAAAAUGCGGGAACUACGGUGAUUCGAGCUACUACAACUCGACGACCUUACCAUAUGUUUUCUACAACAAUCCAUGGGGAAAUGACGGGUCUGGCUACUCGUGCAUAACGGUGAAAAAUAACGGUUCAGCAUUCGAUGCGACAUGGAAAUGGAUGAACAACUCCAAAGACGUCCAUGCUUACCCGCACUUCAAACUCGACUCGCCCUUGUACCCCCUGCCGCUCGGGGAGCUGUCCUCGAUCGACUUCUCCGGCAUGUUCAGCGUCAACGUGACAUCGGCAUACAACGAGAGCCAGGGACAACGCGUCCAAUCCCUCGACGACAGUGACGUGCAGUACAACAUUGCCCUGGACAUGUUCUUAGACUCCAACUCUACCGACGCAACGGGCCCUCUACCGCACUAUGAAAUCAUGAUUUGGCUCUCGUACUCCUUUGACGUGUACCCUGUGGGCAUAUCAACCUCGAGUCCCGACAAGCACCAGUUCAUCGUCGGCGACACAAGAUUUUUCCUCUUCCAUGGCAACAACACGCAGAAUCAAACUGUCUUUUCGUGGUUGCCCGAGACGAAUCUGACGGCCGUGGACGCCGACUACUCGUCUCUGAUUCACUAUCUGUGGCAAUUGGGAUUCAUGCCCAAGGACGUCUAUCUCGGCACACUGCAAUUCGGCACGGAAACAUUCCAUGCGACCAAUGAGGUGCUCUUCAAAGCGGCCAAUUAUUCGCUGGGCUUUUCGAGGAAUACUAGCGAGGUUUUCACCAAUUUGGAGAGCGUGAAGCCAGUAGCCGUCCCGACCCAGGUGCCAACCAUGGAUAGGUUCAAGACGAGUGAUGCAACAAAGCUAGGAAGCAUGGCUCUCGUGGUCUCGUCAGGGUGCAGUCUUGCUUUGGUCGCAUUUUGGUGGCUGUGAAAUUUCUUGAAGCCAGCUGCGGCCUUUCACGGCGCUUUAUUUCGUCGAGAUGUGAUUCCUAGAAGGAUUCCGAACCAUAGAACAAUCUCUGUGAAGUAGACUUCACUUGAGAGAUACUAUUAAAAAUUGUCAUUUGUGAUUCUUG